CAGGGAGUGGAGGGAAUACAGUGUAACAUAGAGUGGUUAUAGUGUGGCGGGGAACAGUUAGGAGGGAGCAUGUUACGACAGGACUGUGUUCACUGCUGAAGAGGUAUGCAACUUACUGCAGUGAUCUAGAGAAGUGCAAUAACAAAAAAAAAGAGAACAUCCUGGGCAGGUUAAUAACUCGCCUCUUUACAGAGAAAGAAACAGAGGAAGCAAGAGAAAAAUCGGUGUGUGUGUGCAAGCAAGCCUGACACACACGUUAAGGACAGGAAUUUGCUUUGCAGAAUCUUUACCAGCCUCUGAAAGAGAAUCUUCAAAAAAAAAACCAAACAUGAGCGAGACGAGUAUCUGUCAGGCCCGGGCCACGGUCAUGCUCUACGAUGACGCGAACAAGAAAUGGGUCCCGUCGGGUAACGGGCCGCAAGUCUUCAGCCGGGUCCACAUCUACCACAACCCGAGCAAUAACACCUUCCGCGUGGUGGGCCGCAAAAUCCAACAGGACCAGCAGGUUGUGAUAAACUGCCCCAUUGUCAAGGGCCUGAAGUAUAACCAGGCCACCGCUAGCUUCCAUCAGUGGAGGGACAUGCGCCAGGUCUGGGGCCUGAACUUCGGGAGCAAGGAGGACGCCAUGCUAUUCGCCAAUGGGAUGCAUCACGCCCUGGAGGUGCUCGAAGGCACGGCGAGUGUGGGAACUGCUGCCCCACGGCCGGUGAACAAUGGACCAAGUGCGGAGGAGUUGGAACAGCAGAGGAGGCAGCAGCUGGAGCAGCAGAGGUUGGAGCAGCAGCGACUGGAGCAGGAACGCGAACAGCAGGAGAGGCGCAGUGCAGCGCCUGGGCCUCCACCCCCACCCGGGGGGCCCCCUGCCCCGCCUGGACCCCCACCUGGACCCCCACCUCCCCCGGGGCCACCGCCGCCUCCCGGACCCCCGCCUCCGCUGUCGGGGAGUGGGCCUCCCCCUGCUCCACCGCUACCGCCCCCUUCUGGCCAGUUGGGGGGUGGUUCCGGAGGCGGUCUCGCUGAGGCCCUGCAGGCAGCCAAGCUGAAGAAGGUGGCACGGGCUGAGGACAACGCCCGCGCGAGUGGGAGCUCCAGCCCCCGGAGUGACAGCAACAAGAAUAGUGGCGGGGGAGGGGGGGGAGGAGGAGGAGGUGGAGGUGGAGGAGGAGGGCUGAUGGAGGAGAUGAGCGCCAUGUUGGCACGAAGGUGAGUCUCUGGGCUGAUC